AAGUUGUACAUGUAUUCUGGUAAAUGUUGUCUGUUGAGUUGGGGGAAAGAUAUUAUGAAAGCUAACUAAAUUAUUAAUCUAAAGUAGUGAAGGUUUGGACAAAGGGCCGAAGGUUUGAAAAAAGUGGGAGAGGAGCAGAGAUCACACUUUGUCUUGCCCACACUUUAAUACCUUACUUUACACCUACCUGAAGGUUACCCACAGUUUAUAUAUAUCUCUUUAACUUGAUAUUAUAUAAGAUUGAUGCUUAUGUCAUCAAGAGAGAUGCCACCAGCCACAGCCACUCACUCAAACCUGUCUCACCAACUCACAUCUAGAAGCAAAAUUAGGGUCAGUCUCUGUUUGUGAGAGUAAUAGUGAAAAGGCUAUAAAACCGCUUCCAAAGUUCUCUGGAAGGGCCGGCCUCAUGUUCCAGCAACGCAAAAAACAAGGCCUCCACGCCAUUUUCAACCCUCACUACUACUUCUAAAUUCUAAAUAUUAGUUAUAUAUUUAUACUAUUUGAAAACAGCAACGUAGGUACUAUAGGACCGCUAGUUUCCACAACUUUGUAAAAGUUUCUUCAACGACUCAAAUGGGACGGUCUCCUUGCUGUGAGAAAGCUCAUACGAACAAAGGUGCAUGGACCAAAGAAGAAGAUGAUCGCCUCAUCGCUUACAUCCGAGCUCAUGGUGAAGGUUGUUGGCGCUCACUCCCUAAAGCUGCUGGCCUUCUUCGCUGUGGCAAAAGUUGUAGGCUUCGCUGGAUCAACUACUUAAGACCUGACCUUAAACGUGGCAAUUUCACUGAAGAAGAAGAUGAGUUCAUUAUCAAGCUGCAUAGCCUUCUUGGUAACAAGUGGUCUCUUAUAGCUGGGAAAUUACCAGGAAGAACAGAUAAUGAGAUAAAGAAUUACUGGAACACACAUAUAAGAAGGAAGCUAUUAAACAGAGGUAUUGAUCCUGCAACUCACAGGCCACUCAAUGAGGCAGCUCAGGAUGUAACAACAAUAUCUUUCAGUGGUGCUAAAGAAGAGAAAGAGAAGGUUAAUAGCCCUAGUGGAUUUGUCAACAAAGAUGAAAAGAUAAUCCCAGUUCAAGAAAGGUGUCCAGACUUGAAUUUGGACCUCAGAAUUAGCCCUCCUUGCGAUCAAACCCAGCCAGAGCCAUUGAAAACUGGAGGGAGGACUCUUUGUUUUGUUUGCAGUUUGGGAGUGAAAAACAGCAAAGACUGCAGUUGCAACAUAGGUACUGCUGGUAGCAGCAGUAGCAACAGCACCAGCAGUAGCAACAGCAAUAGCAACAGUGGUUAUGAUUUCUUAGGCUUGAAAACUGGCUUCUGGGAUUAUAGAAGUUUGGAAAUGGAAUAAAGGGUAUUUGGAUUUUUAACCAGGUAGCUAAACAGAAAUGGAGAGAAAUGACAAGGAGAUUGUCAUUAGUUUUAAAACUAAUCCCUCUAAUUUUCUCUUUAAUUAUCUCUAAUUUGUAUGAUUAUUAGAUCACUAUAUAUAUGUACUAAUAGUACAGGUAAUCAUUAUUGGUGAAUGUUUUUGCAUUGGAUCAUAUACUUUUUCUUUCCUCAAUGUAAAUUUUUUAACUUUCCAAGGGAACGAGGCAGUUCCUUUACACUUUUGUUUUUACCUCUCUUUUCCAAGAAAAAGUAGAGCUUUCUCAGACCUCUAUGAUCAUUGAUCAGAUCUUCAAAAGGGUCAUACCUCUGGCAUAAGAUAGGGAAUGAGGGAGGGAGAUUCUUUUCUCAUAUUUCUUUCAAAUACAAAUGA